GGCACUUCCAAUUUGAUUCAAAUGGAAAAUGAAAUCCUUGAAGAGCUCCGAAGAACAUGUACUCUGGUUAUGAGCCUUGCCAAAGAAGUUGAUGUCAAAAAUCAGAGAUUGUGGGAUCUGGAACGCAAGUAUGACGAGACUUCAGCAACUCUAGGCAGGAUGAUUGCAGAGAAAGAUAGGCUGCAUCAAGCAUUUGCUGAUGAAAUGAGACAGAUGGAGUUCAUUGGGGUACAAAAUGAAAAGCUGAAGCUCGAAUUGGAAUGUCAAAUGAGGAAUAUGCAUUUCAUGAGGCUACAAAAUGAGAAGCUGAAAGAUGACUUGGUAAAUCAAAGUCAGGAACUUGAGCAACAAGCAAAAGAAAUGGAGAAGCAAAGGGCCAAAGUUGAUCUUGAGCGAAAAAACUUGCUUGCUGAGAAGGAAAAGCUGAAAGAUCAGAAUGGCUUUGAAGAUGACUAUAGCUUGAAUAUCCAGCUUGAUGCUUUGAAGGAAGAAUUGGCUGAAAAAGUUGAUGACUUGCAUGAUAUGGAAACCCUUAACUAGACACUUAUACUUAGAGAGCACAUGAGUAAUGUUGAGCUCCAGGAUGCUUGGAAAGAAUUGAUCAAUGUUUUACCAAAUGUAUUGGAUAUAGUGACAAUCAGAGUCAAAAGGAUGGGAGAGGUUGAUCAGAAACCUUUCCAAGAUGUAUGUUUACAGAGGUUCUCUGGUGAGGAUUGGGAGGUAAGAGCUGUGGUGCAAAGCUCAUUGUGGCAAGAAAAAGUGAGAUCCAGGUUGGCAGCC